AUGCCCGCUACAGGAAGUGUUGCGGAUGGGGAGACUGUGAAGCUUCGAUCCUCGCAAGGAGAGGUGUUUGAUGUUCCGACCAAUGUUGCAUGCAUGUCCAAUCUGAUCCAGAAUAUGGUAGAAGAUGGCGGUGUAGAUGAGGAAAUACCGCUACCUAAUGUUAAGACUGCUAUAUUGGCUAAGGUGAUCGAUUACUGUAAGCACCAUAAGAGCAACCCACCUGAUGAGAUAAGUAAACCUUUGAAGUCUACCAACUUGGCGGAGUGUGGUGUCAGCGAUUGGGAUUGUGGAUACGUUAAUAUCGAACAGGAGAUGCUGUUCGAGCUUAUUCUGGCCGCCAACUACAUGGACAUCAAGCCCUUACUCGAUCUAACUUGUGCCAAGGUUGCAUCGAUGAUUAAAGGGAAGACUACUGAGGAGAUUCGUCAGCAGUUCAAUAUAGUAAACGACUUCACUCCCGAGGAAGAGGCACAGUUACGUGAAGAGAAUAAGUGGUGUGAGGAUGCAUAG